AUGAAUGAUAUCUUCCGGCCUCACUUGCGAGAUUUCAUCCUUGUCUUCUUCGAUGACAUCCUCGUUUACAGCCGGUCGAUGGAGCAACACAUAGAUCACUUGGUACGGACCUUGAAUUUGUUGCAUGAGCACAGCUUGUUUGCCAAGUUAUCUAAAUGUAGUUUUGGUCAGCCCUCUAUUGGCUACCUGGGGCAUAUUGUAUCUAAAGAGGGUGUGAUGACAGACCCUGAGAAGCUUCAUGUAAUGAAAGAAUGGCCGCUUCCCAAAGAUUUACGUGGGCUGAGAGGGUUUUUGGGGCUAACAGGCUAUUAUCGUCGAUUUAUUCAGAAUUAUGCUCCUCUGACUAGUAUGUUAAAGAAAGGCAAAUUUGUGUGGACAGACAAAUCCAAAGCAGCUUUUGAGCAUUUGAAGGAGGCAAUGAUGUCUUCACCUGUGUUAGCCCUACCUGACUUCACUAAACAGUUUGUAGUGGAGACAGAUGCGUGUGAUUGUGGUGUGGGGGCUGUGCUCAGUCAGGACAAGCACCCCAUUGCUUUUAUGUCUAAAGCCCUUACUAGCCAAGCUCGUCCGUAUUCGACAUAUGACAAGGAGCUCUUGGCCAUAGUUCUGGCUGUCACUAAGUGGAGGCCGGCCAGAUGGCUUGCGAAGCUCCUCGGGUACGACUUUCUGAUAGAAUAUAAAAGGGGUCCUGAUAAUACCGCAGCAGAUGCGUUGUCUCGGCUACCUGAGCAGAUGUUGACACUUUCAGUACUAGAGACAGAUUUAUGGGGGCGGUCGACCUUAAGGCGUGAACUCCUUCUUCAUUUCCAUUGUGCACCUGCGGUUGGCCACGAAGGAGUAGCUAAGACCCUCCACCGGAUUAAGUCUCAGUUUUGGUGGAAAGGAUUACGGUCUGAUGUAAGGGAGUUUGUCGGUCAGUGCCAGAUCUGUCAGCGUGAGAAGUACGAGGCAACUAAGCCUCCUGGGCACCAGCACCCCUUACCCAUUCCGACUAGACCGUGGGCUGAUAUUUCUAUGGAUUUUAUUGAUGCCCUUCCCCGUUCAGAGGGCAAGGAAGCUAUUCUUGUGGUAGUGGAUCGCCUGACUAAGUAUGGUCAUUUCGCCCCUCUGCCCAGACACUACCACGGACCUCUUGUAGCUGAUGUCUUCCAGGAUUUCGUGGGGAAGCUGCAUGGCAUGCCUAGCACUAUCGUUUGUGACAGGGACUCUAUUUUCCUGAGUUCCUUUUGGAGAGAGUACAUGCGCAAGGCUGACACCACUAUAAACUUCAGCACGGCCCACCAUCCCCAGACCGAUGGACAGAGCGAGGUGGUCAAUCGCACACUUGAGACGUAUUUGCGAUGUUAUGUGGGUGAUAGACCGGCCACUUGGGUGCGACACUUGUCGUGGGCCGAAUGGGCCUACAACACUAGCUUACAUGGGGCCACAGCUAUGACACCUUAUCAGGCUCUAUACGGUAUUCCACCCCCUCGGAUACCGAGAUAUGAAGGGGGCACUGCCAGAGAUGAGGACGUCGAUUGCAGUCUUAGGACCCGAGAAGAUGUCCUGGCGACGACACUCCGAUGA